AUGGUGCACCACAAGCUGGUAAUGUGGUUGAAAAUCAGCUACUUUCAUUUGGCCAUGUUUGCACUGCUGCCGACGACGCUGAAGUUACGUAGCCCUCUUAGCAGGCGAUUUUGGAGACGCGUCAGGGCGUCCCGAAUAUAUGUGCUCUACAGUUUCUUCUGCACCUGCCUCGUCUUUAUUGAGCUGCCGUUCCUGGUGCCCCACAAUAUUUUCACUGGCUACAUGAGUCGUAAUAUUGUGCUGCAGUCCGGCUUUUUCGUAAAUCUAUCCAUACGCAUGUUGGGAAUCUUGGGGUGCUAUGGCUUCGUGUGGCUCUUCCGUUCCAGACUGUUGCAGCUAUUUGGCGAACUGGCCGCCCAUUGGCGCUUCUACGGACCCUUGUUGCAGCGACUGGUUGGGGCACGGGCACUUGAACACUUGGAGCUCUCGCUGGCAGCUCUAAUGCGUCGCAAGCUGGGCGUUAUCUAUGGCCUGCUUGCGGCCUCCGCCUAUGUGCAGUAUAUCUUGAUCCCGGCCGCAACAGGUGCGAACUUUGUAGCGAUGUGUAUGACCCUAUCGCACAUGGUUCUGCUCAAUGUGGCCUCAAUAGGCUUCUACACGAUACUGUUGCUUCUCUAUCAUCAGUUCGAGAGCGUGAAUCUGGCGCUAUUGCGGCUCUACGAGACUCUUUGUUGCUAUGAGCGCAGUGGGAAGCUCUACUAUUCGAUGGAGGAGCAGCGUCGAUGUCUUAACCACCUCCGUCGAACUGCUGACCUGCAUUCUGAUUGCUACUGCCUGGCACGUCGCUUCUUUUGCAUGUAUGACGUGCCAAAUGCCACGCUUUUUCUUAACAUGUUCUCCACAACUAUUUACAUUCUCUACCAUGCUGUUCAGUUCUCCAACUCGACGAUCAACCCCAGUAUUUGGGGCAUGCUUGCGGGUCAAACUCUGGUCACGCUCAACUUCUGGAAUAGCUGCCUUUUAAUGAACAUGGUGGAUGGGGUGCUUUGUGCGUGCAACGACACGGGCCAGCGCCUGAGGCAGUUCACCGAUCUACAAUUGUUCAGUAACGAAUUUGAAAAGGAGCUGCAGCGAUUCGCCAGCAAUGUGCGUGAUCAUCGACUGGUCUACAAGAUAUGUCGCUGUGUUGAGCUCAACAAGCCCGCCUGCCUGAGCUUUUUGUGUACGGCUCUACUCCAAGUCAUUGUUUUGAUGCAGUUCGAUAUGGGGCAGAAACGUUUCGCGCCCCCAAGUCCGAGCUCUAUUCCAAUGUUGCCGGUGCCUAAGCAGAUCGGGAGCUAA